UAGGCAUAUGCUUAAUUUGUACCGUUAAACCCGAACGGAGGAGAUUUCCAUUCUUGAACCCAAGCCAUGGAUUGGUUGUUGCCGUGUGACGUCACGUGUGGGCGUGAGCGUUAUCAACAUCAACAAAAGAGAGAAGAGAGAAAGGAAAAAGACGAGAGAAGACGAGAAGGAAAACAGCAGAUUACCACAGAUAUGUGGAUUUAACUCGCAAUAACAGUAAAUAUACUGUAGUGAAAACAAAAGGUCACUUCCUCCUGUGCCAGCUGAGACAUGGACGCCUUCAAGCUGAUGAAGGAGCUGAAGGUGAAUUAUGAGCAGGAGGUUUAUUAUCUGCCUAGAGAAGCGGGGUUGAGCCUCAUCGAAACCACGACACAGGACGACAGUCGGAUCUCGGCCAAGUGCAGAGAUGCCAAAGUGGAGGACCUGUGGAGUCUGACCAGCUUCUUCGGUUACAGCACGCAGACAUUCGUCCUGGCUGUUAACCUGCUGGACAGAUUCCUGGCCAUGAUCAGGAUCCAGCAGAAGCACCUGUCCUGCGUCAGCCUCAGCUGCCUCCACCUGGCCGCCAAAGUGACGGAGGAGGAGUGCAACGUCACGCCCACCGACGAGCUCAUCCGCAUCGGACAGUGCAGGUUCACCGUGUCCGACCUCAGCCGCAUGGAGAACAUCGUCACCGAGAAGCUCCACUUCAAGUCCAAAGCCAUCACUGCCUUAACCUUUCUCCACUUGUACCACCAGAUCAUACUUUCAGAAUACACAGAAGGGAAGGAGACUCUGAGCCUGGAGAAGCUGGAGGCUCAGCUCAAAGCCUGCCUGUGCAGAAUCUCUUUCUCUAAAGCUAAGUCGUCCGUCCUGGCGUUGUCUCUCCUGAGGCAGGAGAUCGAAGCCGUUCAGUCGGAGGACAUGUUGGAAAUAGCCUUUCACAUUCAGAGACACCUGAAGAUUGCAGAUGGCGAUCUGCUGCUCUGGAGCGAGCGCGUCGCUCGGUGUCUGUCGGACUACGCCUCCCCUGAAUGCAGUAAACCCAACCACAGGAGGCUGCAGUGGAUCGUGUCACGGCGGACCGCCCAGAACCUGCACAGCAGCUACCGCAGCGUCCCAGAGCUGCCCACCAUCCCAGAGGGCUGCUGGGAUGAGAGUGAGAGUGAGGAUUCGUGCGAGGACGUGAUGAGUUCAGGCGAGGAAUCUCUCAGCAGCUCUCUGGGCAGUGACGCCGGAGGACGCUACUUCCCUCUGCACCUCUGCCGCCAAAAACACCGCCAACACCUCGACGCCUGAAGCCUCCGCCGCCCCGUGCCUCAUCAUCUCCACCCCCCUCCCCCCCUCCCUUUUUUCUUACUUCUAUACCCGAAGUCUUUUAAUUUAUUAUUUAAUAAGCUCCGGUGCUGGUGGAGAAUCGCACAACAACUGGCAGCUGAGCAGACUCUUCCUGGUAGAUUUAGUAGAUUUUUUUUUUUUUUUUUUUUAGUUCGUAGACGUGUUGGUGCAUGUUUGAGACGUCACAUUCCAGGAUACACGAAGUUCACGUUUGGCAGAUAAAACUCGGGUUAACGUCUGGUCGUUUAAAGGUGCUGAGCUAGCUGACGCCGCCGUCGGCUUAAAAAGUUCUCAAAGCUCGGAUGUCAGAUGUGACCAGAAACAUCUCUUGAUGUCAACAAGAUAAUUUGCCAAAACAUGUGGUGUUUAUUUAGUAGAAUGUUGUUUUGACUGUUAUUAAUCUAAGACUGUUUCUAUUGAGGAUGAGGAGUUCUAUACUGUUGUAUGGAAGGUGAGAGCCGCCACGGUCGUAAAACUUUUAGGCUCAUGAUUCAAGACUCGAUCAUAUUUUCUCAUAAUGAACUUGUAGUGCUUGUAUUUUAGUUUUAUUUAUGCAGAAACACAUUAACGUGAUGUGGAAGUGUUUGUCAUCAUCUGAUGAGCGCAGAACAAACAAACUCAUUUUACAGAUCACAGCUUCCAUGAUGCUGUUUUGGCAGCAGAGCUUCUUAAUGUAGUUCUCAAUGUUUAAACCUGAACAGAUUUGACAAGGGAUUAGCUAUCGAACCUCAACCUUCGUCAUGUUAUGCCUUCAUAUCGCCUGUCUCGAGACAAAUGACUUCAACGUAAAGUAAAAGUCUUCAUGAGUCCAUUUUUUUUUUUGUAAUGGAGACCCAACUCGGGUCCAGUAGCCAUGUUUCAUUGUGACAGGUUUCAUGUCUGUGUGUUUCUGUUACAUACAUUCAUCAUAACGUGGAUAUAACAGUCUUGAAAACUAAGUAUGAGCAUUGUUUGUCAUGUGAUAUAUUUGCAACGUGGUCUCAAAAUCUGAGCGCAAACCGUCAGCGACCGCGGCUGCUCUCGCCUUCCGUACUAAAGUUUCAUUUGCACACUUUAUUUUUUGCAUUGCAAGUGUUAGACGGUUGGACUGGAGGUUUGAGUUUGUAUCUGAAGGGAAACUCUGAUGUGUCAAUUCGUUAGCAUUCAGAGUUCAUGUUCAUACAGUCCCGAGGUGCCUUGCUCAAAGGCAGCAGAGAGCGAGACAUGAAUCAGCUCUCCGGAAGUUUCCCUUCAGAGUCGAACACUGCGACAUCACACAGUGUCCUGUUAGAAACAUUUAGUGAGUGUGUGUUUGUGGAUGUGUGUAUGUAUGACCCUGGUUUCAAUUUAAAAGUUGCCAAUUUUAGGAUGUAGCUUGAAAAAAGAAAAAAAAACUUGUGGUGUUUUGAAACUGUUAAGAGAGAGAAUGUUGUAUGGAACAAAAUAAUGCUGAGUGUCAAAAAAAAAAGUCUAAAAAAUGUUAAAAAUGUAAACAAAAUGUUAAUACAAAAACAUGUAAAACUGUAAAUGAUGUACAAAAAAAAAAAUCUGUUAAUAGUUCUUUGUAGAUAUUAAGUUAUUUAUUCUCUUUUUGUCACCUGUACUGAAAAAAGAAAAUCUUAUAAA